AGAGACAGAGAAAAAGAGAGAGAGAAAGGGAGCAGGACGGGACAGAAGUUGGACAGACCUGGGAGUGUGUGUGCAUGUGUGUGGAUUGCCAGCAGCUGGAAGCCAGAAACACAGAAUACCCAACAUGGCAGAAAGCACAGACAUGGACCAGCUUCUUAACUCCUUCAAGAAAUUUGCUGUUCAUGGUGACACCAAAGCCACUGGCAAGGAGCUGAAUGGGAAAAACUGGGCUAAACUGUGCAAAGAUUGCAAAGUCAUCGAUGGCAAGAACGUCACCAGCACUGAUGUAGAUAUCGUCUUCACAAAAGUCAAAGCAAAGACAUCUCGGGUCAUAACAUAUGAGGAGUUCCAGAAAGCUCUAGAAGAAUUGGCCCCAAAGAGGUUCAAAGGUCAAAGCAAAGAAGAAGCACUGGAGUCGAUAUAUAAGCUAAUUGAGGGCAAAGAACCCACCAACAUUGGUGUAACGAAAGUGGCAAAAACUGCCGCUGUGGACAGACUAACCGACACAUCAAAAUAUACGGGCUCACACAAGGAGCGCUUUGAUGAGACCGGGAAAGGCAAAGGUAAAGGUGGCCGAGAGGAAAUCGUGGAGCACACGGGUUAUGUAGGAGCAUACAAGAACGCAGGAAAGUACGAUGAGAAGACGAAGGCCAAGUAAAGUCUCCAUGUCCGAGCUCCAUCUUGAGCAGCACUUAGGUCUGGACCAAAGCCAAACUUGAACUGUGACCUGUAACAUCACACAGCCACUAUGCAGUGUAAAGCAAGAAGUGUUGUAAAUGUUUGUCUUCAAGGAUAAAGAACAUAGUAUUACAGUCGGUUUUCUUUAGAAAGUUGACAGAAGGGUGAAAGGAACCGGUUAGAACUGGUUUGACUCCUUUCAUGCAGUGACCGGCCCCUGCUGUAAGAAAAAAAUCAGGUGAAAAUCUCAAAAAGCAAGCAUAAAGAUGCUCUGUUGGGGGGGAAACAGAUAACUGGUGUUUUUGUCGUGUAUGUUUUUGUUCAAAAGCUACAAGAAAUGUGCAUAUGAACAUCAUAAUGCAAGCACAGGAUGCUUUUUAAGAGAUUUGCAUUAUUACAGCCUGUGUAAUGAAUGCUCUUACUGAAUUGCUGUCAUUACAUUAACUAACAAUAUUCACUGCCAAAAUUCAUUUGUCAAUGUAUAUUUCCUAAAUGGUCAACCAGCUUUAUUGUGUAUCAUCUACCCUUCUGUUCUGUUGUUUGCAAAAAUAUCUCCAAAAAUGCAAUGUUACAGCUUACUGUGUUACUUAAACUGGAAAGUGUCUUUGUAUAAAAAAACAUUACUAAUCAUAUUUUGGUGUGUUAUAUUUGACAUUUUGUUUUGUAUUUUGGUCUAUUUUAUAUAACAAAUAAAAUUCAUAAACAGA